GCUGAUGGGACUGAAGAGACACUCACCUGGAGCGGGACUCUCCGUCACAGUAUUCCCGUUGAGACAGAGGCUAUCAAACCAUAAUGAAGAGUCUGAAGGCAAAGUUUAAAAAGAAUGAGAGUCAGGACUGGAGUAAGAGUGAUGAGAGGCUCCUGCAGGCUGUGGAGCAAAAUGAACCCGACAAAGUCUCGGCUCUCAUCGUCAAAAAGGGUCUCUGUCCCACCAAGCUGGAUGCUGAGGGCAAGUCGGCGUUCCACCUCUGUGCGACCCGAGGCCGGCUAGACUGCCUGGAGGUCAUCAUCUCUCAAGGAGCAGACCUCAACGUCACAGACGGCGCUGGCUUCAGCGCCCUUCACCUAGCAGCCAAAAACGGCCAAUCAGAGUGUUUAAAGAGACUCUUACAGGAGAGAUUAGCAGUAGACUGCACUGACAGCAUUGGUAGAACACCACUUCAUCAUGCAGCGGUAAGUGGCUGCCUGUCCUGCACUGAGACCCUGUGGGACUUUAAAGCCAAUCUGGAUGUCCAAGAUGGGGACGGGGCCACCCCUUUGAUUUUGGCAGCCCAGAUGAGCAGAGUGGAGCUGUGUGUCUUUCUGUUGGGCCGAGAUGCCAAUGCAAACAUACAAGACAACCAGGGAAGGUCUGCAUUGAUGCUGGCGUGUGAGAGUGACAGUGUGGAGACUGUAGAAGCUCUAUUGAGAGGGGGGGCCAACACACAGCUGGUCGACGCCCUUGGACACAAGGCCACCGACUACGGCGUAACCACGGGCAACCAGCGCAUCAUCCAGAUGUUACAGGAUGGAGCACCUCCAGCUUCUGAGGGCGCAGGCGAGGAGCCCCCAAAAGUGCCCUCAGGCGCCUCAUCAGUGCAAGGGGGCACUACGCCCCGUAAACGGAAAGCUCCGCCGCCGCCUCGCUCUCCUCUCCAGAUCCAGGGUUUGCCACCAUCUCCACAGCCCCGGAGUCCUGCUCCACCCGCCCAGUCCCCUGAGCCCCAGCUCCAGUCUCCUUCUCCCUCUCCAGAAACACCACAACCAGCCCAGGCAGAGGAUGAGGAGGUGUUUGAGGAGAUUCGACGGCUGCGUCUGGAGAGAGGCCGUCUGCUGCAGAAGAUCAAAGCCUUGGAGCAACAGCAACAGAGCGCCCUCUCUGCCUUGGAGGAGUUGUCCCAACUCAAGCAGCGUCUAGAGGAGGCAGAGGCGGAGAGAGACAAGCUGCUUGAAGAGCUGAAGGGAGGUCAUGGCAUUGGGGCGAGUGACUCUGAAGACAUGGAUGAAAUGUUUGACUUCCCAGAGAAGCUGCUCUCCAAGCGCUCCAGAGCCUCCCCUGCUCCGGAUGAGGCCACUUGUCAAGGGGCCGCAGAGUCAGCCCACCCUUCUGCUCCCACUGCAGACCCAGGAACUGUUGCUGAGCUGCGCAAACAAAUAGAGGAACUUACGUCACAAAACUCUGAACUAGCUCUCAAAGUGCAGAUGCUGGAGAUGUUCGAGAAGGAUGACACAGACAUGCAGACCUCCAGCUCGGACUUUGUCCCCAUAGUUCAGUACGAGACCCUGAGGAAGGAGUUUGAAGCCCUUCAGGAGCGUCUCUCUAAGGCCCGGGCUUCAGACGAGGCCUCCAGCGUGGCAGAGGAGUGUGUGGAAGCUCUGAAGGAGAAGCUGCGAGGGCUGGAGGAGCAGUUUGCCUCCUCCCAGUCUGAGCUGGAGGAGCUGCGGGAGCAGAUGCGCCUCGGGGUGCUCUCUGUGGAGUGUGGUGAAGGGGGUACUGUCGCAACAGGUGGUGGGACUGAGGGUGGGUCUGGGGCCGCAGCGGGAGAGGCACAGCAGCUGGGGGCGAGGGUGACGGAGCUAGAGGAGGAGCUAGCUAAGAGACGGGGCGAGGCGGGGGGCAGCCAGGACAGUGACACAAUCAAACAGCUGACAGAGAAAGUUGAGGAUCUCCAAGCUGCUCUUGCCCGAAGAGAGUCUACAAAACAAGAAGAGGAGAGAGGCCGCGAAGGAGAAGAGGCGGAAACAGUGAAGUGCCUCCGUGGCAAAGUGGCUGAGUUGGAGGCAGCCCUGGCCGAGAGCAGGACGUCAGGGAAAGAGGGAGGAGCAGCAGGAGAUGGAGGUCAAGUCCGUCGUCUCCAGGAGCGUCUAGCAGAGCUAGAAGGGGAGCUGAGAAAGUGUGUGCCCCGCUCGGAGUUGGAGGAGGUGCAGGUGACUCUGGGGCUCCAGUGUGAACAGCUGGCCAGGGAGAGGGCGGACGUAGCUAGAAGGCUCAACGAUGCCCUCCUGGAUCUGGAGAGGCUCAGGCCUCCUCCACAUGGAGAUGAUGAAGAGGAGGAAGAGGAGGAGGAGCACUCGGAGAGCUCAGAGCCCUCAGUCAUAUCAGAGCACUCCAGACGCUCCCUGGCGGCGGUGAGAGAGGAGCUGGAGGUGGCGAGGCAGGAAGCAGCCCAGGCCCUGGACUGUCUGUGUGCUGAGCGGGAGGGCCGGGCACAGGACGCCCUGCAGCUGAAAGACGCAGUGCCGCUCUCAAAACAUAAGGAGGCGCUGUCUGCCGUGUCAGAGCAGCUCGCUCAGACGCUGCAGGAGCUCCAGGAGGAGAAGACCCUUCGUGGUCAGGCCGAGGAGCAGGCGGCCACACUGGAGGCCAGACUGCAGGCCAUGCAGGAUGCCAUACCCAAAGAGGAGCAUGAGAAAGUGAAGGCAGAGCUCCAGCACUCCCUGCAGGCCAGCGAGAGCAGUGCAGCAGCAGCUCAGGAGGCUCUGGGUGAGAAGGAGAUGGAGCUGAGAGAGCUGAAGUCCCAGAAGGCUGCAGAACAGGGUCUGAUCUCCAAGGAGGACCACGAGGCCCUGCGGCUCUCUCUGCAGGCCGAGAUCAACGCUGUCACGGCCCGUUUCAACGACCUCACUCGCAAGCACGAGAAGACCUGCACCGAGGUGUUCCAGGUGCAGAGGGAGGCUCUCUUUAACAAGAGUGAGCGGCAGGUCGCAGAGUCCCAGCUGGCCACGGUGCAGCAGCAGCUGGCCGAAUUACAGGCCCAAUCCAGCCACAUCCAGGAGCUCCACAAGGACAUCCAGGAAUCCCAGGGUCUGGUCAAGGAAAAGGACCGCAAGAUAACAGAGCUGUCCAAGGAGGUGUUUCGGCUAAAGGAGGCCCUUGGAGCUCUGUCGCCUCCUCUGGGCAUCACAUCCUCCUCCUCCUCAUCUAGCCAUCAUGGCAACCCUGGGCAGCAAAUGGCGCUGCAGAACCGGAUCGCCACACUCUCUCAGCAGCUCCAGGAUUGGGAGAGAAAGCACAAACAGGUGGUGGCUAUAUACCGUUCCCAUUUACUGGCAGCUGUGCAGGGAAGAAUGGAUGAAGAAGUGCAGGACCUGCUACUCCAGAUCCUGAGGAUGUCACAUCAGGGACACUGAACCUUACAACAUCUUCAAGUCUCUCUCCACCUCCAGUCCCUUUACAGGUCAGCUGCAUAAAGCAGAUCCCUGUGGGACCGGCAUCGUUAAGACCUUGUCUAGAAAGCCAAAUACAACUGAUCUGUGUUCAUUAGACAUAUCUGCAUGUGUAUAAUACAGUAACCUAACAACAGCCUCAAGGCUUGAUUGAUCAGCAAACAGGGAGAAAUAGAACUGUAGAGUGCCUUCAUGGCUGGAUAACUGAAUGACAGCAGCCUAUAAGUCAGGGGUUUAUGGUAGCGGACAGUUGAUGUGAGUAGAGAGUUGUUAUGAAGAAGAUAGGAUCAGGUGCAUUGAU